AUGUCAAGAUUACCAAGAGAGGUUAAUAGGAACACGGAGUUGAAACUAAUUGAAAAUGAAAGGGAAAGAGCGGUAAGCUUGUCCAAGCGCCGCAACGACUUAUUCAAGAAAGCGAAUGAGCUAGCCACGCUAUGUGGUGUGAAGAUUGCAAUCCUUCUGUUCUCCAUCACUGGAAAGCCUAUCUCUUUUGGCAGCCCCAACAUUCAAUCCGUUGUAAACCGGUUUCUUAACUCGGAUCAAGUUGACCAACAACAAGAUGAUACCGAUACAAGGUCUAUCAAUUUUUAUCGUGAGUCUACAAAUCCGGAGCUCAACAACGAACUUAAUAAAGUGAUUGAGCGCUUGGCGGAUGUGAAGAAGGAAGGACAAAUGCUUGAUGAAAUUCUAAAAAGGCCGUAUGGAGGGAAAACACAUAAGGAAUAUGUGCGCAGCCUUGGGUAUGAUGAGCUCAUGCAACUAAAAGGCAAAAACGAAGAGCUGAAACGUAUUUGUGUUGAAGCAAGCAGGCUUUCCUCCUCAAAUGAGGAGCAUGAUGCGAUCUAUUCUAAAAUUGGAGGGCCAAAAAAAUACUUGAAGAUGUGA